AUGAACAGCAAGCUCGUCCUCCUCGCAAAGUUCUUGAUUGUAGCUCUCGUAGCUCAAUCAUUGGCUUUACCAAUUGAUGUUUACACAUUCGGGAGAAAUGCGCUAAGAUCCCGGGCCUACUAUAGGACCAGCAAGCUUCCCGGGCGUCUGCUUCCCAGACAAGGAUGGAGUGAGCUCAAUUUUGAGCGUCCAGAAACACCCCCUGUACCGCCACCAUCGCCUCCACCAAUGCAACCCCUUAGCCCCCCUCCCUGGCACCGUUUAAGAAGAGCACAGACCCUACCAAACCUUGCAAGUGAAGCUCAGUCCAACCAGGCGCCGCCACCCGGAACGCAGGGAAGUCAAACAAACGUUGCAUCGGGCUCUGGAAGUCAAGCUCAGCAGCCAAACCAGCCUCCACGGCCUGCGCCUGGAACACAGCGGAACCAGGCAAACGUUGGAUCAAGUUCCGGAAGCGGAAGCGAAAGUCAGGCUUCAGGCUCAAGACCACCUGCACCAAAUCGACCUAUUCCGCCGACACCAGGAGCUCCCCAAGGCCAGGGGUCGGGAAGCCAAAACCAGGCGUCAGGCUCAAGACCACCUGCACCGAAUCGACCGGUUCCUCCGGCACCAGGAACUCCCCAAGGCCAGGCGUCGGGAAGCCAAAACCAGGCGUCCGGCUCAAGACCACCUGCACCGAAUCGACCGGUACCGCCGGCACCAGGAACUCCCCAAAGCCACGGGUCGGGAAGCCAACCAUCGCACCUCCAGGUUGGAAGUAGCAGCAACGCAAGCGGGAGCGGGUCAAGCCAGGCUCCACAGCCUGCACCUGGAACACAGCAGAACCAGGCAAACGUUGCAUCGAGCUCCGGAAACCAAAAUCAGGCAUCGCACCUCCAGGCUGGAAGUAGCAGCAACGCAAGUGGAAGCGGGUCGCAAACCGCCCAGGCUGGGAGCAACAGCAACGGGAGCGGUAGCGGAUCGCAAAAUGCUCAGGCCGGGAGCAGCAGGACCGCUAUCAUUGACUCGAUACGUCGAUCUAAGGUGGUUAGAAAAGUUAAAUCAAUAGGAUCCUUCUUCAAUGACAAAAAGAAAGAUGACCAACCGCCUCCACCACCACCGCCUGCUGCAGGGGGUGCCCCUGCAGCGUCGGGAUCUACGACAACAACUAAAUCCAGGGGUAUGUCCGGAGGUGCACCGAGGUCCAAAGGCAUGCCAUCCGCGGCGAAGUCAAAGCCCAAGGUACACGCGAAGCAACCGAACGGUGCGCAGAAUAAGGCAGGUCCGCUGGCCAACUUGGGUAAAAAGGCGACGGGUGUUGUGGCGAAAGCUUUGAAAGGUGUCAGCAAGGGGACUGCCAAGAAUGCUCCUGCUCCUAAGCAAAAACCUCCCCAGAACAAUCUGAAAGCGCAACCCCCCAAGGGAUCCGGAAGGAGGAAGUGA